CAUUUUUCCUUUUGUAAGAAAAGAAACCUAACAGACGAAUUCCCUUGCAAAAUUAAUUUCCCGCUCUUUCCCGCUUCCAAGUUUCAACUCUUUUAGUAUUUCUUUAUUUUUGUUUAUCUGAUCGGAUAUGCUAUAUUGGAUUUGACAAUAACCCUGAAACUUGCAUUGGGAUCUCAAUGAACACUCGCGAAGCCACUUUAGUGGUCACGGCAACUGCCAUUGGCGCCUUGGCCUCUGCAAUUGGUUUCCGCUUCUUCUACCGACCCCAGAUGCACGCCAAAUCCUCGCAAAACGGCACCGUUUCAUCUCCUCGGGACCCUUUUGACCCCUCCAAGCGCAAAGAAUAUCUAUCGUGGGAUGACUAUUUUAUGGCAAUUGCAUUUUUGUCGGCUGAGAGGUCCAAAGAUCCUAAUAGGCAGGUGGGGGCUUGUUUGGUGAGUCAAGAUGGUAUAAUUCUUGGAAUUGGAUAUAACGGGUUUCCUAGAGGUUGUUCUGAUGACAAGCUACCUUGGGCAAAGAAAUCCAAGACUGGGAAUCCUUUAGAGACAAAGUACCCAUAUGUUUGUCAUGCAGAAGUAAAUGCUAUUCUUAACACUAAUCAUGCUUCUGCUGCUGGACAACGGCUAUACGUGACCAUGUUUCCGUGCAAUGAAUGUGCUAAGAUCAUAAUCCAGUCAGGGGUUUCUGAAAUAAUUUAUUUUGUGGAGAAGAGAUUAAAAAAUUCAGAUAUUGCGUAUACUGCCUCUCACAAGCUACUUUCAUUGGCUGGUGUAAAGGUCAGGAAACAUCAACCACUGAUGAAUGAAAUUCAUCUGAAGUUUGAGGAGUGAUAGAUCAAAGGAUAUGUUAGGAAAUAGUAGCUGAAAGUUAAUCAUUAAUUUUUAAAGUUAUUUAAGAGUAAGUUUCUUUAAUAUUUUUAA